UGCUGAUACUAACCGUCCAACUAAACCAAACAUUCCCAGGUCAACCUACAUUAUAUACAUAUAUAUACACUCUCCAGGUAUAUAAUAAAUGCCCCGUCUAUCCCCCUCCCUCCUCCGCCUCGCAUAUUCACUAAACCCCCUCCUCCCCCUCCUUCUCCGCGAAUGUCGAGAUCUGCCCUCAGCCCAGAACGAGCUGAGAUGGCUAAGCGAGUACGCCCGUGCUGAGGGCCGGGGAAGUAAAAACGGGGACUGGCAUGGUAGGAAGGCAGAGAGCGGGCCAAUGGCUCAAGGGAGGCAUCGCAAGGAUGAUAAUAAUGCGAGCUCAAAAUUGAGGCUGCGGAGGAUGGUGCAGCAGCGUGCACGGGGUGUACCGCUACAGUAUAUCCUGGGCGAUCAGCCGUUUGGCGAGUUGGAAAUACUCUGCCGGAGGGGGGUGUUGAUUCCGAGGCCAGAAACGGAAGCAUACACGACCCGCGUGGCCAACCUGCUACUCUCCAAAUUUGCGCCCGCCAAACGAAAGCAUAAGCACGAGCACGAGCACGAGCACGAUAGAUUUAAACACCUACCAAAUCUCCGCAUUCUUGAUCUUUGCACAGGCACCGGUUGCAUUCCCCUCCUUCUCCACUCCCUGCUCAGUCCCGUAUUCCCAAAGCUACAAAUACGCGGCGUGGACAUAAGCCCCCGCGCGCUGAGAUUAGCACGAGAUAAUCUCAAGCAUAAUAUCAAGCUUGGAAGGCUAGAUGAAAGGGCAAGGGAAGAGGUCUCGUUUGUGAGAGGCGAUGUACUUUCCGAGCUUGGGGCAGGCGACAAUCUGCACUUAGCAUCAAAUGCGGUAUGGCGAGGGGGGAAACUUGCUCAUUUCACCACAGCUGCUGGAGGUAAUUUCAGCAGCAGCAGCAGCAGCAACAUUUCAACGCCCACAUCAACAUCGCCAGAAACGGAUACAAAUACAAUAACAAUCCUCCUUUCCAACCCACCGUAUAUCUCCCCGGCGCAAUUCACAAACGGCACCACAACCCGCAGCGUGCGCAAGUUCGAGCCAAAGCUAGCCCUCGUGCCGCCUCCUCGGGCCAUCAUCCAUCAUCAUCAUCAACGUCAUCACAGAACGGCAACGGGCACGAACACGGCGGAAUACGGCAGGGAUACUGCUCCAUCUUCAACCACUGUUUGCAAUCGUAAUAACGCCGCUGCUACUGUUGCGGUAUCUUCUACCCACCCGACAUCCGAACAGAAGCCGGUGAUAAACAUCAACGAGAUAGCAGCUGCCAGUCGGCAAGAAGAUAUCUUCUACCCACAUAUACUCUCCAUGGGUCUGUCGUGGGUGGGUGCUAAUCUUGUUGUUCUUGAGUGUGGGGAUAAGGGGCAGGCGGGGAGGGUUUCAGAUAUGGCUAGGAGGCUUUUGGGGGGAUUGGGAUAUGGUGAGGAGGUGAGUGUGGAGGUUUGGGGGUGUAAUAGUUAUGGUUUUGGUCUGGGGUUUGAGGAACGGGGAGACUGUCAUGGUGAUGAUGAUGAGGAUGAGGAUGGAGGGGCUAGGGCGGUGGUUGUUAGACGGGGCAUGUUUCUGGAGAAGUGAGAUAUGAUGUAUGAUGUAUGAUAUAGAGGAAGAGAGCUGUUUGUUUGUAUAAUAUAUAGAAGCAGUUGGGUUCUUGUACGGUACAUUAAAAAAGUGACAUAUAUAUAUCUACGAUAAUAACGGCUUCGAAAUACAUGUGUACAGACGAAAGCAGAUGUUUUUACCGCCCUCCCAGAUCCCAUCUGUUAAUCUCUCGUUCCGAAAUGCGAAAAGGAACGCAAUAGAAAGACAGA